CCCACGAGGGGACACGGCAUGGACAGGUUGGGGACCCCCCUGCCCCUCUGCUUUCUGCCCGCAGGCUGCGGGAUGCAGUGCGGCUGCGUGCCCCCCCCGCUGCCCACCCUGCCCGGCUCCUACUGGGUACCAGGGCUGGCUUUCCCCGACUGGGCGUACAAGGCCGAGUCGAGCCCCGGCUCGCGGCAGAUCCAGCUCUGGCACUUCAUCCUGGAGCUGCUGCAGAAGGAGGAGUUCCGCCAUGUCAUCGCCUGGCAGCAGGGCGAGUACGGGGAGUUCGUCAUCAAGGACCCCGACGAGGUGGCGCGGCUGUGGGGCCGGCGGAAAUGCAAGCCCCAGAUGAACUACGACAAGCUGAGCCGGGCCCUCAGGUACUACUACAACAAGCGCAUCCUGCACAAGACCAAGGGCAAGCGCUUCACCUACAGGUUCAACUUCAGCAAGCUCAUCUUCGUCAACUGCCCGCUGUGGGACGCGCGCUGCCCCCCCCUACUGGCGCCCCCCACCCUGCCCACCCAGGUAUGGGGGGCUCAGACCCAGGGGGGGGCACGGUCCCUGUCCCCGGAGCUGUCACGGCCCCGUUGGUCCCCGCAGUUGGUGCAGAACGUGGUGCUGAGCCGACGCGCGCUGGUGGAGCCGUUGGUGUGGGCACGGGGUCCCCGGCACCCACUGCACCCUGAGGUGCUGGAGAAGAGCCGUAAGUUUUUUUUUGGGGGGGGGCAUGGGGGGGCACGGCCCGGGGGGGGCAUGGCUCAAGGUGGGCACAGCUCAGGGUGGGCACGGCUCAGGGUGGGCCCACCUGCGUGCACCCAGCCCGUGCCAACGUUGCGCACGCUGCCACCCAGCCGGGGAGGGGACCCGCGGGGUGCCUGGGGUGGGGGGCGGUGGGUGCUGGGGGAGGUGGGUGAUGGGGUCAGUGGGUGUUAGGGUCGGUGGGUGCCAGGGUAGAUGG